UAAACUCACUAUACAUCAGCAAAUUUUAAAUACAAUAUCACGAGAAAAUUUGAGUUCUGUAAAUAUUAUAAAUACACUAUCCAAUGUUAGAAUAAAAAUAUUGAAUUAUGAACCAAUUAUAAGUUUACAAGAUUUGAAAGCAAAUUCUUAUGGAAGAUUAGUAUCUGUUAGAGGCUGUGUAAUUAGAGUAGGUCAUGUGAAGCAUCUUGCACAAUGGAUAGUAUUUGCUUGUCGUAAAUGUAAUUUGCAAAAAAUAAUGAAACAGCCAUUGGGAGUCUUCACAAUUCCGAAAAAAAUGUAAUCUAUGUGGCGUAUCUAAAUUUCGUGCCAUAUUAGAUUCACCAUUGGUAAAAAGCAUUCCAUUUCAAACAAUUAAAAUACAAGAAAUUUCGAAUAAUGAUCAGAACAGUAAAGGUAAUAUGCCUAGAAUGGUUGAUAUCGAAUUAAUGGAUGAAUUAGUUAAUACUUGUAUGCCUGGAGAUGAUAUUACUUUAACAGGAAUUAUAAAGGGUACUAAUAAUGCUAAGAUUCGAAAUAAAAUGUCAUUUUCUUUAUACAUGGAAGCUAUUACAAUAAUUAACAAUAAACAGAGACUUCAAAAUAAAAAUUUUACGAAUAAUGAAAUGUCAAUAAAGGAUUAUUUAGCAAUAAAGGAAGUAUAUAAUACACCAAAUAUUUUUCCACUUUUGGUACAUUCUUUAUGUCCGAGUAUAUAUGGUCAUGAAAUUGUCAAGGCUGGAUUAAUAUUGAGUUUAUUUGGUGGGAAUGUAGAACAUUUCGAAUUACGAGAAAAUAUUCAUAUAUUAGUCGUUGGUGAUCCUGGCCUUGGAAAAUCCCAAAUGUUACAAGCCUGUGCACGAAUUGCCGCAAAAGGUGUAUAUGUAUGCGGAAAUUCAAGUACAUCGUCCGGUUUGACAAUAACGCUAACGAAAGAAAAUAAAAAUAAUAAUUUUAGUUUAGAACCUGGAGCAUUAGUUUUAACAGAUAGAGGAUGUUGUUGUAUUGAUGAAUUUGAUAAAAUGUGUAAACAACAUGCGGUUUUAUUAGAAGCUAUGGAACAACAAAGUGUAAGCAUUGCUAAAUCAGGAAUAAUAUGUUCCCUUCCUACGAGAACAUCUAUUCUUGCAGCUGCUAAUCCAAUUGGUGGCCGAUUUAAUCGAAAUAAGACAGUAAUGCAAAACUUAAAAAUGAGCUCACCUCUCUUGUCCCGUUUUGAUCUAAUAUUUUUAUUAUUAGACGAGCCAAAUAAACAUAUAGACGAUUUAUUAUGUAAACACGUUAUGUCCAUCCAUGCUGAUGUAAAUACAAUUAAUAAAACACAAAGUAAUACGAAUCAAUUUACAAAUGCAUCAGAUACAACCAAACUUUCAUUAAGAGAUAGACUUAGACUUUCUGCAGACGAAAAUCCGAAUAUCAUUCCGCAGUCAAUUCUCAGGAAAUAUAUCGCAUAUGCACGACAAUAUGUUAAACCAAAAUUGACUAAAGAAGCGGCUAUAAUAUUACAGAAUUAUUAUUUAAAAUUACGAAAUAAGAAUAAUAAAUUUAGCGGUUUAUCUGUCUGCAACAGACAAUUAGAAGCUAUGAUACGAUUAACAGAGGCUAGAGCAAAGUUGGAAUUACGGACAGAGGCAACAGAAGUGGAUGCUUUGGAUGUAGUAGAAAUUUUACAACAUACAUUCGAUGAUAAAUCUAUAAAUUAUCAAUUCUUAGGUACAAAAAAUGUAACUACUGGAAAAAUUCCAGUUAAACAAUGUAAAAGUUAUGAUUUUCGAACAAGUAUUAUAUAUAGAUGUGAAUGUAUCAAAAGGAAUGGACUACAAGAUAGAUGUAUGAUGUGGGAAUGCAUGGGUAGACCAGAAUGUAUGACGAAAUUGUAUCCCGUUUGUAUGCCAGGCCGCUGCGCGUUAUUGAAAUUAACUGAAUUAGGAGAUAUGGAAGUUGCUUUAAAGAAAUUUUAUUGUGCUGAUCAAGCAAGGGAAGCUGCUCUUGCCGCAUAUUGUAGAUUGGUAUGUAAUACAAGCGCGGACAAAUCUUGCUGCAUGGUGACUCCAAUAUGCUCAAGCAAAUCUUCUAAACCUAUAUGCGUUGAACUACCAUGUUCACCAUGUCCACCAUGUCUACCAAGUUUACCGUGUCCACCGUGUCCACCGUGUCCACCAUGUUCACCAUGCCCACCAUGCCCGCCAUGCCCGCCAUGCCCGUCAUGCCCGCCAUGUUCACCGUGCCCACCGUGCCCACCGUGCCCACCGUGCUCACCAUGUCCACCAUGUCCACCAUGUCCACCAUGCCCACCAUGCUCACCAUGUCCACCAUGCUUACCAUGUCCACCAUGCCACCGUGUCCAUCUUGUUCACCUUGUAUUACUUCUUGUGUACCUCCUUGUGCUACUUUCAAAAUUGUGUUCCAUGUCCACCACCAUGUCCACCUUCAUGCACGCCACCAUGCGUAAUACCAUGUAUACCACCGUGUCCACCACCGUGUCCACCACCAUGUCCACCGCCAUGUUUACCACCGUGUUUACCGUGUUUAACGCCAUGUCCACCAUCAUGUUCACCACCAUGUCCACCACCGUGUCCACCACCAUGUCCACCAUGUCCACCACCGUGUUUACCAUCAUGUCCACCACCAUGUCCACCACCAUGUCCACCACCGUGUCCACCACCGUGUCCAUCUCCAUGUCCACCAAAAUGUCCACCACCGUGUUCGCCAUGUCCACCGUGUUUACCAUGUUUACCAUGUUCCCCGUGUCCACCAUGUUCACCAUGCCCACCAUGUUUACCAUGUCCACCAUGUUACCUUGUCCACCAUGUCCACCAUGCCAACCGUGUUCACCAUGUGCACCACCAUGUCUUACACUAUGUCCAUCACCAUGUUUAUCAGUGUGCCCGUCACCGUGUUAAACAAAAUGUUUCAAUAUAUAUCCAUCGAUAUAUUUUUUUCUAUAUGUACCAAUCUUUUCAUAACAGAAUUUAUUUACCAGUUAUUAUAUUGGUUAUCGAUUAGAUUCUUUAAUCUGUGCAUUUUUCAUUUUGUUACAAAUUUAUUUUAUUAUAUAUGUUUCAUAUCUUCUGUCAACAAUGUUAUUUGUUAAAUUGAAGAUGUUUUUAUAAUGUUAUGCCAUGAAACAAAUAAAAAUAAAAAUUUUAUA